AUGACAACUGUGACCACACUCUCUUACAGAUUCAAGAUAAAUGGUUCCUAUACUGAUAGCAUGGCAGCAAAAAGGGGGAUAAGGCAAGGGGAUCCCCUGUCCCCUCUCCUUUUUGUCAUAACCAUGGAAUAUCUUAACAGAUUGCUUUGUCAAAUGCAGGAUAAUCCCAAGUUUCAUUAUCAUUCUAAAUGUAAGAGGAUUAAGCUCACUAAUCUCAUAUUUGCUGAUGACUUACUCUUGUUUGCUAGGGGUGAUCAGGGGUCUGUAGAGCUACUGCAACAUACUCUCCACACCUUCCUUGUAUCCACGGGAUUGAAAGUAAAUCCUUCAAAAAGUUGCAUCUAUUUUGGUGGUGUCCCCAGUAGUGUUAAAGAUGCUAUCCUCCACAUGACCUCCUACAAGGAAGGAUCCCUCCCUUUUAAAUAUUUGGGGGUGCCAAUCACUAGCAGAAAUUUGAACGUGAUUCAUUACAUGCCGUUGCUGGACAAAUUGCUUAGUAGGAUCAACCAUUGGACGUCUAAGCUCUUGAGUUAUGCGGGAAGAUUGCAACUCAUCAAGAGUGUGCUGAAUGCUAUUUCUUCCUAUUGGAUGCAGUGUUUUGCCUUCCCCAAAAUUGUUCUGAAAAAAAUUGAAUCUCUAUGUAGGACUUUUCUUUGGACAGGAAGUGGAGCUACUAGUAGAAAGAGCCCAAUUGCCUGGGAGAGUAUUUGUAAACCAAAUAUUAAAGGAGGCCUUGGUACGGUGAAUUUGGUGGCGUGGAACUGUAUGUUUCUUAUGAAACUAUUGUGGAACAUCAAUGCUAAAGUGGAUAGUCUCUGGGUACAGUGGGUUCAUGCUUACUAUCUCAAACAUGAUAGUGUGAUGGUAAGGGCUCCUAAACAAACUGACUCAGCAAUCUUCAAAGCUAUCUUGCAACAACGUGAUCGAGUGCAGCAGCAUAAUGAGGGGCAGAACUUGCUGCAAGACAAUCGGUUUAAUGGGAGGAAGUUUUACAAAUUGAUGCAAACUGACUGUCCUGAUGUGAGCUGGGCCAAUUUGGUGAUUCAUAAUAGAGCAAGGUCCAGAGCAGUGUUCACUUUGUGGAUGCUUUGCCACCGGAAACUUCCAACCCGUAUGCGCUUACAUCGUUGGGGAUUGGUUCAUUCUACUGUUUGUGUCUUCUGUGAUCAGGAUGAGACCAUUGACCACCUCUUCUUCUCCUGUGAAACAACUAAGAGAAUUUGGAGGAGUGUUCUCAAUUGGCUGCACAUACAACAUGAUCCUGAUUGUUGGGAGCAUGAGGUGCUUUGCCUUUUGGUGCACUAUCGGGGCAAAGGAUGGAGAGCAGAUUUGACUUGCAUGGCCUUAGCUGAGACCGUGUAUGCGGUUUGGCGUUUCCGUAAUGAUAAAUGUUUUGGUCAUAUUGUACAGAGCAAAGAUAUAGAGGGUGAUAUUAUUAACGGUAUAGUUUAUAGAGGGUGGACUAGUCCUAAGCUUAGACCACACAUAGCUAAUUUGCUAAUUCCCUAG